UACUUCUAUAGCGCCAGUACAUAUAAAUGGUUAGACGUCCUUCAAGACUUAACUGAUAAUUACAACAGUUCAGUGAACAGAUCAAUUAAAACAACACCGAACAGUGUAAAUGAGUCCAAUUGGACUGAAGUAUGGAAGACACUUUUUAGUCACAAUUUAGACAAGCCAUCAGAACCAAAGUUUGCUGUCGGAGAAAGCGUCAGGAUCUCGAAGUACAAAUCAGUGUUCACAAAAGGAUACGAAGCAAAUUUUACAGAGGAGUUGUUCACUGCGACAGAAGUGUAUCACGGCCAUCCAAACACGUACAUAAUAAAAGACAGUGCUGAUGAACCAAUAAUUGGCAGAUUCUAUGAACAAGAACUGUAUAGCGCUGAAGGAAGAGAACCUGAUUUCAGAAUAGAGAAAGUACUAAGAAGAAGAACAGUGAAGGGUAAAAAGAUGGCUCUCAUCAAGUGGUUAGGUUAUGAUGACAAAUUUAACAGUUGGAUACCAGCUGGAGACAUCAAGUCCCUAACAUAA